UGCAUAUUUUACAAUUAUUCUUCUCUCAACUCAAUGCAUGCUCUAUUGAAUCGUGAAACGUAUAAAUACAACCUCGGCUGGAUAGUGCUGGCCAGACCAAAUUCGUGACCACAAGCGUGUUUCAUGUUCGCCACUGCCCCGUCAUGGUUUAGAAUAGCAGAGCUGUGAUUGACACAUGCUUGAGCGCUUCAAGCUUCGCUUGGCUGGGCCCCUGUCUGGGCUACGUCACUGUUUGGAUGGUGAUACACCGGCAGCCUGCUUGUUGUGGAUGUAGUAGUAUAAAGACCAGGUGUUCACCCCCUGCUGGAAUUAACACCCCUCAAGCAACCCCACAGCAUCAACAUCGACCUGGAACUUCUACAUAUUAUACCAUCAUGUCUGACUACAACCGUGAUUACGACGAGAACGCUGCUCGCUUCGCUGGAGAAGCUUUCGUGCUCACAGAGGGCUCCUACGACUGUGCAGACCAAGCUUUCGACCGCGAAGAACAAAGAGUUGGCGACUCCUUCCGCCGCGACGAGCAAGCCGUUGAAAACGCACCCGAGAACGUCGCCCGCUAUGCCGAACAAGGCUUCAACAACACAGUCCAAGGUGUCGAGAACAUCCCCUCAGACAUCGGUGCCGGCCUCCGUGGUGCAGCAAACUGGAUCGGAGAAAAGAUUGGCGGUGUGGAGAAUGAGGGAAGACGUGCCGAGCAGGACGUUGAGAACAGAUACGACCAAGCCGAGCAAGGGGUUGAGAACCGCUACAAUGAUGCUGAACAGGAUGUUGAUCGUUUUGGUCAAGACGCAAGAAAUAAGUACAAUGAUGCUGAGCAGGAUGUGGAUCGCUUCAACUCGGGUGUGGAAAACUCGUACAAUCAGGGCGAGCAGCAGGGUAGACGUGACGGUUGGUAGAUAUGCGCCUUGUUUGGGGCGCCAUUACAGGCCGAGAGUAGCCAUGUAAUUUGGAUGCAUCGGAGAAUGCAGACAUCAAGGAACGAACUGCUGAUUGACCGCCUGUUCUAGCAACGCGAGUCGCGCCAUCCCGG